UCAAGUUUUAGCACUUUUCAGAUCUAAAUUGGAACCAACCCGGAGAUGUUGGUUUGGGUUGUAGGCGUGGUUGCUCUGGUAGGAGGAGCAGCAGCUCAGUGCAGUCCGUCUCCGUGUGGGAUAAAUACUCAGUGUGAUGUUAAUCCAGCUGGAGCAGCUGUUUGCAGGUGCUUGCCGGGAUACGACCACGCCCCAGGCUCCAAUACUAUAGAAGGAUGCCCGAACAGAAUUUCUCAAUCAAGUUCUUCCCCGGCACGAAUUGUAAAUAAUCGGCUUUCAAGCGGAGGUGUCUCUGCAAUUAGUUUACAACGACAACAAGAACCGGUUCAGUCUGAUCCUUGCUUCCCUUCUCCGUGUGGUACUGGAGCUCAGUGCAGAUCUACAGGAAAUAGAGCGGUGUGUUCCUGUCCUGCUGGUUAUGAAGGAGAUCCUUAUACAGGAUGCAUUGCUGAUCCCUGUGCUCAAUCCCCCUGUGGAAUCAAUGCUGAGUGCUCUAAGAACGGAGUACCCGGUGGUAUUCCUAGCUCUCCUGCAACCUUGAAUGCUGUCAUCACCGAGGCAAGAAGUAACCGAGCUAUCUGCAGAUGUCCACCUGGAUAUACUGGGGAUCCAUUUGUUAGAUGUGAGGCUGAUCCCUGUUCUCAGAAUCCCUGUGGAGCAAACGCUGAUUGUCAAGCCCAAGGAAACAGAGCAGUGUGUAGAUGCAGAGAAGGUUAUGAGGGAGAUCCAUUCGUGAGCUGUGUUUUAAAUCCUUGCGCCCAAUCUCCUUGUGGGAUUAACGCUGAUUGCAGCGCCAAUGGAGCACGAGCCCUAUGCAGAUGUAGAUCUGGAUACGAGGGAGACCCAUUCAGCAGGUGUGAAGUAAACCCCUGUCAGCAGAGUCCUUGUGGAGUUAACGCGGAUUGUUCUGCAACAGGUAGUAGAGCUGUCUGUAGAUGUAGGGACGGAUAUACUGGAGAUCCAUUCCAAGAGUGUAGACUUGAACCCUGCUCCACCUCUCCCUGUGGAACCAAUGCAGACUGCUCAGCUAACGGCAGGUCUGCUAUCUGCAAGUGUAGAUCUGGAUAUACCGGAGAUCCGUAUACAAACUGUGUGUUCGAUCCUUGCUCCGGGUCCCCUUGUGGACAGAGAGCAAUCUGUGAGAAUAAUGGUAGAGCUGCGAUCUGUAAGUGUCCUCCACUUAAUAUUGGAGAUCCUUAUGUUUCCUGCAGACCUGAUCCGUGUAGCGGAGAUGCCUGUGGUCCUAAUGCCGAGUGUUCCCGGAGCGGAGAGAGAGCAGUUUGUGAUUGUAGACGAGGAUAUCUAGGUAGUCCCUACAGUAGAUCAGGUUGCAGAGCUAAUCCCUGUGCUCAGGGUAUAUGUGGAGCUGGGGCUGAAUGUAAGGAUGUUGGUGGACGACCUGUGUGUGAAUGUUUACCUGGACAUCAGGGGAACCCGUAUACUGGCUGUAUCCAGGGAGAAUGUGAUGAAAAUUCAGAUUGUGGACCUCAGAGAGCUUGCAAAGAUUACAAGUGUGUGGACCCGUGUGCUAUAUCCUGCGGAAGCGGGGCUGAUUGUAGUGUACAGAACCACGUGGCAAUCUGUAGAUGUCCCCGGGGACACACAGGAGAUCCCUUCAGAAGCUGUAGAAAAUUCUCUAGAGAGGAGAUCUGUGCACCUUGUGGAAUCAACACUGACUGUGAGGUAGGGCAGGAUGACCGUCCUAUCUGCAGGUGCAAGGAAACCUAUGUUGGGAACCCACUAUCAGGGUGCAAGCAUGAAUGUGAUACGGAUGGAGAGUGCGGACAGACCCAGUCAUGUGAUAGGAGAACAUACAGAUGUGUUUCUGCAUGUGAGAGCGGAGUAUGUGGAGAGAAUGCUAACUGCAAUGCGAUCAAUCACAGAGCUCAGUGCUCCUGUCCCCCUGAUUUCCUGGGAGAUCCUUACUCCAGGUGCUAUACUGAGUGCACCCGUCACGAUGAAUGUGCCAGUAACAAGGCCUGUGUCCAGCUGAAGUGUGUUGACCCAUGUUUUAGUCCUAAUCCUAAUGUUUGCGGUCAAGGAGCUACAUGCGAGGCAACCAAUCAUAGAGCAGUCUGCUCUUGUCCCAAGGGAUACACUGGUGACCCAUUUGUUAGCUGUCGACAAUUUGAGAAGAGAGAUUUGUGUCAGCCUAGUCCCUGUGGACCUGGAGCUGAAUGUAGAGCAGGGUUUGAUAGAUCUGGAACUGACCGGCCAGUGUGUACCUGUCCAGCUGGAUACAGAGGAGAUCCUUUAGUCAGUUGUAACAGAGGAGAAUGUAUAAACGACAGUGAAUGUUCCCUGGACAGAGCCUGCUACGACUAUAACUGCCGAUCUCCCUGUGACCGGGCCUGCGGGCAAAAUGCUGAAUGUCAGGCUAGAAACCACGGAGCUAUCUGCUCCUGCCCAUCCGGGUUCGUCGGAGACCCACUCACAGCCUGCAGACAGUCCAGGAGACAACAGGCAAACGUUGUCGGAUUCUCCAGGUUCAGAAGGAACCUUGAUCCGUACUUUCUCCUCUUCCCGGAGAAUUGAUUUAAGAAUCUGAACCAGAAAAGAGAAGCAGAAAAAGAGGCAUUACAUACUUAUAUUAGAUAUGUACAAUGUACAGAAAAUAAUGUAAAUUUCUUAAUAUUAUACUCAGUAACCUUUUUGACUAAUAUACAGUAUAAACAAAAGGUGUAUAAUGUAUGUAUAUAAAAAUUAAUUAGUAUGAAUGACAUGUUUCAAAUAAAAGAUAAAAUAUU